AGUCUUUCUGCUGCUCUGAAGUUCUGGUGGAAGUUUACCUUUUCCAGGUUUGUCCCAUGAGCUGAGUUCAUUGUGAACGGUUCGAGAGCGAGAUGAGCGUACAGACGGUCCCCGCGGACUUCCCGGGACACAUGUUGGACCUGGACGAGGACGACGACCUGGAGGUUUUCAGCAAGAACACAUCGCUGGCAGAUGGAAGUCCCAUGCCCAACUCUCCCAGCUCCAUGGUCAACCAGUACAGACUGGAGGAGGAGGAGGAGGAGCAGCAGCAGGAUGCCGACGCCCAAGACAUCUUCAUCACCGUCGAUAACCCAGAGAGCCACGUCACUGCCAUCGAAACCUUCAUCAUGUACAGGGUGGCGACCAAGACUACGCGGGGCGAGUUUGACUCCAGUGAGUACGAGGUAUGCCGGCGCUACCAGGACUUCCUGUGGCUCCGAAGCAAACUGGAAGAAAACCACCCGACACUCAUUGUCCAUCCGCUGCCGGAGAAGUUUGUGAUGAAGGGCAUGGUGGAGCGCUUCAACCACGACUUCAUCGACACCAGGAGGAAAGCCCUGCACCGCUUCCUCAACAAGAUCUCCGUGCAUCCCAUACUGUCUAACAGCCAGCACUUCAAAGUCUUCCUCACAGCACAGGAGUUGCUGUCUCACAAGAAACAGGGCCCAGGCUUCCUGAGCAGGAUGGGGGAGACGGUGAGGGCCGUGGCUAACUCGGUGCGAGGCCUGAGGAGCCGGCCGGAGGAGUUCACUGUGAUGCAGGACUACGUGGAGGACUUCAGUAGCAAGAUCUGCUCCGUGGACAAAGUCACCCAGAGGAUCAUCAAGGAACAGAGAGAAUAUUUUGAUGAGCUGAAGCUGUACAGUCCCACCUACGCCCAGUGGGCGGAGUCAGAGGAGGAGCUGGCGUUGCCCCUGAAUGGCGUGGCCAGCUGCGUGGAGCGGUGCAGUAAGGAAUCGGAAGAGCAGAUCCAGCAUCUAUCUGAAGUCCUCGUCCCCGCUCUGCACGAGUACGUCCUCUGCACUGAGACCCUGAAGGCUGUGAUGAGACGGAGAGACAACAUCCAGGCCGAGUUUCAAGCCAAGAACGAGGCCCUGGCGUCCAGACGGGCGGACCAAGAAGCGCUGCAGGAUGAGGUGGAUGGACUGGCGGACCGCGUGGAGCUGUCCAACAACGCCUUGAAGGGAGACUGGUCCCGCUGGCAGAACGGCAUGAGAUCUGACCUCAAAUCAGCCUUUCUAUCCACCGCUGAGAAGAACGUGGAUUGCUACGAGCAGUGCCUGGCUGUGUGGGAGUCCUUCCUUCUGUCUCAGAGAGUGGAGCCCGGCGAGCAGAGAGAUGGGGAAGACGCCUCUUAAAGUGUGGAGACGUCUCCACAGCAGACUCUCUGUUGUCUCUCCAACACAUCCAAAUAUAGACUCUGAACCGAUGCCCACUCACUCACACAUGCAUCAUGUACGAAAAACAAGCGCUCUCUCUCUUUCUUUCUUUCUGUCUGUCUGUCUGGCCAAAGAAGUACAUCCCAGCCCACCAUUCCAGUGACGAUUGUGCAUCACUAAAACCAACACUGAGAUCCAAAUAUCCACAUUCUGGUGUUUACAGUCGACCGAGUGGUUUGCCAAAAGCUAAAAGAAGGCUCGCGGCUCUUCUGGCUCUACUCUGCUGCUUUGUUGUGCAUUAUUUUUGGUGGAUACAGGAACUGUAGAAACCCAAACUAAUAAUGCAACCAGGUCUCCAGCUCCACUCCACUAAUUGGAAUUUUCUAUCAGGAAGUUGUACUCAACUGACCAAGUAAGAGUGGUGAACUCUAGACCUCUAGUUGAAGGAGUAUUGUCACUAAUUGUAUGCAUUUGAACCAUAGAUGGAGGAAUCGUAGAUACAAAUCAUCAUAAAAUGCAUAUUAAACAUACUUAAACUGCUUAUAGCACUGUUUGUUUUUGCAGGGAUCAUAGUGUAUUAUAUGCCCAUAGUUUAAGUAUUACAUUAUAAUCAUUUUCUUAUGCAUUUUUAUAACUGUAAUAAUGCAUUAUAAUGUGAUUAUCAGUUACUCUCAGUGGUCAUUGGGUGCUCUAAAGGGGAACAACGGCUUUGUUUACAACAGUGAUAUGAUUCUGGAGGCUUUAUAACAUGGUGUUCUAUACUGCAACCUGCUCAUGUGGGCGCAUACAUCAGGAAACCACAACGGUAAGGAGGUCACCGUCCACGGCAUCUUCCGACCCACCAGCCAGACCUGCAGGACCAAACACCACCGACGGUGGAUUUGACCGCCCCAGGAGGAGAGUGGAGAUGGAAGCUAAGCUAACCCAGCUAAGUCCUGAGGCUAUUCCACUACCCAGCAUGCUCCUGGCUAAUAUCCAGUUGCAAGAACAUAAAAUGGAUUAAAUUAAGAAUCCAGAGAAGUGGCUCCAUCGUGGUGUCCCGGAUCAAGCUGCGCUUGCGGGACAGAGACCAGGACCCCGGUGGGACCAGAGGAGGUGGACUCUGUUCACAUCAAUGAUGCUCAAAUGCAGUCAAAGUUGAUGGACAACGUUUCCCUGUUGUUGCAAUUUGAAUGUGAAGAUGUCGGCCAUAUUGACCAGAGAAUAUUCUAUUUAUAUUCCUCCUGAUGCAAAUUCAAACAUGCGCUACAGGAAUGCUCUUUUGUUUUGGUUUUGUCAUAGUAGCAAUAGUUGCUGAGCAGCAAAUAGAUUUGGGCAGAACCAAAGGACGGCACUUUAUAAACCAUAUUGGAAGAACAGAGAGGAGUCCGAGGGACAGGACACCGUCUCCCUGCUUAUAGAAUAGACAUGAAGCAGAUUCAGACAGUGACAGCAUGUUUAUCUAAAUUCUAUACUCCAUUCUUACCGCCAUAGCAGGCAGUUAAAUGAUUCAGGGAUCAUUUAUUGUCAGAUCUGUGAUGACUAAAAAAGUACUUUUAACACAACUGAGUGAUGAACAUUUACUCUUCACGAAUAUAUUUCACCAAAAACUCUCUAAAGACCUAAUUGAGACAAAUGAUAUAUAAUUCCUAAAGCAAUUCUCCUUUACGUGUAUAUUCAUACAGAGCUGUAAGCUGAUUAUAACACAUCCGUAUGUUUAUAACACAUAGACGGUGUUGAUGGUUCCAAGGUACUUAUCUGUGAAUGGAGUGUGAAAGUUCAUUCAAUAGUUUGACAACAAUGGUCCUUGGAGCUCCACUAGCUAGCUGUGAGUCCUGGUAGAAGCUAGUCAGGGACCUUUGUGUGACUGUUUUCCUCUAAAGACCAGAAUGCUGUGCGGCUUUAAGACUUGAUCAGCAGUCAGAUAGAUCAAAAAAUGGCGUCUUAUCUCUUUUCUUAACUUUUCCUUGACCGUGGGUAUUAUUGACAGACAAAUGGUGCGUCGCUUUAAAUGUUGCUGCCUCAAGGAAUUUUGGGAUUUACAUCAUUUCAUUUCCUUUGGUGAAGGAUGGUCCAGUGUUCCCUGAACUGAAGGAUAUAAGGGAGGAGGGAUUAAAGCACCUUUCCUUGGCGUCUAGAGAGUUGGACCGGCUCUUAUCACGGCUGCCACGUAGAUUCUUCUGGGUCAUUUCACUCAUUUAGGAAAGUUCCUGAGCAAAAACGAUAGCUAGACCACAGCAUUGGUUUUAACAAGAGGUCGGCCGGACAAUGGUCCAAUCCAACAGACGUGGGCUGUUGGGAAUGGAAAUGAUUUUUGGGCACAACAUCUCAUUUAUUCGACAACUUCUACGAUGUGUUCCGUGGCAUUGACAGUGAACCUGAAACCGCUCCUCCUGUCCAUGUGACCUCCGGCUAGACACUGAACCCCAAAUUGCUCCCGUCGGCGUACGGAUGGGUGUAGUUGUGAAACCCUGAUAACAUUCAGCAACAUGGAGGGCUGGAUGAAGUGCAAACACCGACACAGAGCACACGUGGUGUCUUUAUACCACAUUGUUUUUUCUACAUUGGAUGUUCGUGUUUUAACCAAGUCACAGCAGGAACCUCUGAUCGCCUCAUCUGAAGCAGUGAGCAUCUCUAAUAUUCUGAUUCUUGCACAAGUCAAUGAUCAAACUCUCUCAUUCAAAAUAUGAUUGAAUAGAAACGCCUUUGUCUGUAUGUUCUCUUUUAUGUACUGAAGUGGAGUCAGAGUAGACAAUAAAACAUAAACUCAUAACACAAAGUUGCUGAAGAAAUGCAUUGAACAUGACACACAGAUGUCUACAUCCAUCUGAAGCCACGUCCAGGCCAACAUGUAAGACCAGAAUGCCAUGAAUCACACAGGACCGGUCUCCUGUAGAGCUUUGAGCAGAGGAGCCUCAAAAGCUUCAUGAAACAAUAAUUCAGAAUGUUUGGUUGUUUGUGCCGAUGAGAGAUUUCACGUUGACUCGUCUGCAACGUCUCUGUAACAGAAUGCUUGAAUAAUCUUUUUGUACUGAUAUCGUACUGAUAUCUUUGUCUCUUUAUUGCUUUUAGCAUUUUUGAAUAUGUGAAAGAAAAAGUAUGAAUAAAAUGGAUUUUGAGAUGUUGAGAUAAUAAAGACGAGGCCUCACUAUACACUGUUUCACUUCCUGUUUGUAGACUGUAAAGUUUUGUUGCUCACACCUCUGACACCGGGGAAGAACUGGAUAAACAACCUGCAAAAAAGCAAAUGUUUUAAGCAAAGUGUCUCGCACAGCUGUGCCGGUCGGCAGGCCUAAUCCUGAAUGCAGCGGUUAUGUUCAUUAUUCCUCCUCCGUGACAGCGGAUGGAUUGAAACGUCUUUUUAGGAGAAUGUUUUUAGAGCACACAUGAUUAUCGCUCCAGUGCUGAACUGAAAAGGCUCGCUUUUCCUUUUUUUUUAUAUAAAUAAAAAGGUUUAUGCCGUAA